AUGGAAACCUCCACAAGUUCCAAAGUUACAGUCGAGUAUCAUGAUCCAUUCGGAGUAUUCCCGCUCAUAGCGGGCGAAAUUGCCGGUCGACUACCAUUGCACAAUCUCAACUGGCAUUCUCCACCACGACCUUUGCGACAAAUCAAGUCUCUCCACGUCGAUUUCGUUCCAGAUGCCGAGACAAAAGACAAGUCACAACCGACGACCACGCAGACGAAAAAUGUAGGAUCUUCUACGAGCUUCGACAUUGUGCGAGCGGGUCAAGAUGGACGCAACGCCAUUGCGAAGGAGAGGCGACAUCAGAUCCCAGGUCUCAAAAAAAGCCCGUACCUGAAAGUCUAUCUUCUACGAUGUGACGACAAGGUCGGUUACAAAGAGAGUGAGAAGAAGGCUAUACGAGAUUGGAUCAAAGAGAAUAUACCACCGGAAAGCAAGCGCGAAAACCACAAUGCUUGCGAAUGGCUCAUUUUGCACAUUGUCCUGCCUGACACCAUCGCCGCCAGCGAGCCCAGAUGGCGGGAAGGCUCCGCCAAAGACAUAGAAGAAUUGAAAGAGAGGCCGAAGAGCAAGGCCAAAUGGCCGGGAAAGGGUGAUCGCACGGUGUUCGAUCGACUGCGCGCAGAUUUCAAUGAAUCUGGGAAGGGCUCUAUUGACAGGGUGGCGCAAAUUCGGAUCCCGCGCGCUGAUGUGCCUCCAGAUCUGCUCCCGAUACCUGCCAUUGGGGGAACCUUGGUAGAGUCGCCUCAAGAGCGAGAGAAUGCUUGGAAUGAUCUUGUCACCAAGUUCAAAACGCUCAUCUUGGGACCAUUUGACCGGCGCGUUCGUCAGUAUGAGGCCGACAUUGCUGAACAAGAGUCCCGACGUGCGUUGCCAGGCUGGAAUUUCUGCACUUUCUUCAUUCACAAGGAGGGUUUGGCGAUGGCAUUGGAGAGUGUGGGGCUCGUUGAGGAUGCGUUGGCCAUCUACGACGAGCUGUCACUCGAUCUGGACACUGUGGCUCGUGAACUUGCAUCUGGCCAAGCAGGCGGCACUGCGACUAGUUUCGCAACCUUCACCAACGACAUCAAAGAUCGGAUUAUCAAUGCCACGAGAAAAGAGAGUAACGACACCAAUGACGAGACGCCAGAGCACGAGCGAAAUGAUGCAGCAUGUUUGUUCACUAAAAGCUAUCGCGAGAGAAUUGUCAGGAGUGACAUAUCUGUUUUCGACUUCAUUUGCUAUAUAUUCUUACGCCAAAAGACUUUGAUUCUGCGCUUGGCUAACGCCCGAUCAGCUCGCAAAGAGCUCGGGACAGACAGCGGAGAUGGCGGUGAAGAUCUUGUUCUGACAUCGGAGGUCUGCUGGCGGGCCUCGAGCUUUAUUCAUAAUGCAUCCAGAGUGUUGCGAUUGGACCUGGCAAAUGCCCCUUCCGACCAAGCCGCGUACUCCAGACAUGAUAUCGAAAAUCUUGUCUGCUCAUGGACUUACUCUGUCGCACAAUACAUCCUCGAAGACACCGCAGUCGCGGCUCUUCUCGAGACAACUAAGCCGGAGGAGUUGAAUCAGCCCCAAAUCAAUGGGCGAAGACCCAGUCGGUCGACGAUAAGUCUCGCACUCGGCGCAAACCCGUAUCCACAACGUACAACAAGCCUUCAUCCCGACAAAGAUGCCGUGCCGCCGGAGCUUUUACGGUCACUCGCGCAUUUGAACACGAGAGAGGGUGCGAAAUCUGCCACACCCCCGUCAACCUCAGCAGGAUUGCCGAUCAAGACCGCUGGGCUCCCAGGCCAAGCCGAACUUGCAACGUAUCGAGCUGAGCUAAUCUCCAUGCGACGAAAGAUACUGGAACAGGUUGCCAGCAAUUAUGGCUACUUCACAGGCUGGACAUCACUGAAACGUGCAGAGUCUCGUAAUAAUGAGGGAGACGAACUGCCACAAGAUUCUGUCGUUGCAGGUGCCAACUCGAAGGCGGUCGAUACCGCACUCCUGAGCCCGAACCUCAAGGGUGCUUUGACUUCAGAAGCCGCCUUUCAGAAGCAGUUUGAAAGUCUGACGGACUCUGCGUUACGUCACUUUCUUUCCGCUACACAGAAUAAAUCGGCAGAGCGCUUGAUGGGAGACAUCGCAUUGCUGAAAUGUCAACAGGAGAACUACCUUUUAGCAGCAGCUUAUUUCGAGCGCAUAGUGCCCCUAUAUUCUGCAGACUGUUGGGACAUGAUGGAGAAUCGGGCUGUUAUGAACUAUGCCAAAUGUCUGAAACAUCUACAACGACACGAACUAUAUGUGAGCACGCUUCUAGAUUUGUCGGCGAAACUUGUCCAUAGGGAUAUGGAUGACAGCAAACCACGAACUCGUCCAAAGUCAAACACGACGCAUACCUUGAACAAGCAGCUGCUCGAUGCGAGCGAACUCUGGCGGGAAGCCGUCGACGCAUCAGCGCACCUCGAUAAGGAGAUGACACAACCACAUGGCGCCUUGUUCGCCGAGCUUCGUGUACAUCGUGAGAUUCUGCAUGACGACAAUUCGGAUGGCUGGGGCAUCCAGCUCCAAAUGUGCCAUAUGUUGGAUACUGCCAUUGGCUUUGAUGAGGUCAAACUUCGACUAGUCAGCAUAGAUGACAGCACGCAGGAUAUUUGGCUCAAGAGCAUAGGGCCAAUUGAAUUAACCGCCGGGCAGAACACAAUCAAGUUGCAAACCUCGACAAUUUCCAUCGGUUCGUACCUGGUCGAUAAGAUUGUCAUCGGCGCGAGAAAAAUUUCUUACGUUCAGGAGUACAACACCCGGCCAGAGAUCAUUGUGGCCGAUGUCAAAGAUACCGUCAGCCCAACGACCAAGUCUGUGAAGUCGGCUGCGACAUAUAUCUAUGUCUUCCCAAGGAACGAGUCAUUUCACGCCGAUCUUCGCAGGUCGAAAGAUUUCAACAUGGACAAAAUGCGACUGUUGGACGUGGUUGUACAGGCCGGUGCAGAUAAUGUUGAGUCCAUGAGUGUCAAGCUGAAACCGGCCUCUGCGGGACUCAGAGUACAUCUGGUUGAGUCUUCGGCCAACGGAGUGCAGAUCCUCAGGAAGAAAGAUGCGAGCGGCCAUAUCUCACUCGGGACGCUACAGUCAGGAUCCAAGGCUGUCGUCACGGUGCCGUAUACCAUGGAAAAAGCCACGCGUGAGGUAGCGAUCCGCUAUGAGAUUCAAUAUCAGACUAUGUCCGGCACUCGAACUUUCGUGGGACGGGCACGGAUUUCCAACGAGCUGCCACUCGACGUUGACGUGAACGACGUCUUCCAUCUCAAUGCCAUUUUCUCCAGCUUCACAGUGCGGACAACCGGACGUGCACCGACUACGAUCACGGGAGCUAACCUGCUCGGCUCUCCACUCUACGCAGUUGAAGAGCCACCUUACCUACCUUUGCCACAAGUUGUGUACCAAUCACAGCCGAUCAAUUUGGCAUACAAGCUGUUGCGAAAGCCUUGCUCUGAUCUGAAUUUGAGGAAGAAAAACGCGGCCCUUGCGCUGUGCGUAGACUAUGUCGCCAUCGAGGAUUUGGCAGCUGAAUGCAUCCGCCAACAAUUCAACAACGAUUUGCUCUCGAGUCGUUUCGGAAAAUACGGCCGUCUACUGGUACCGCUGCUUGUGGAGCGCUGGAGACGAGCGACUGAUCUGUCAAGCUUGGACCUCGCUGCUUUACUCCAGACAGUGGACGUAGUCAAUGCAGAGAAUGUCGGAUGGCAGGAGAUCUUGCCGAUGAUCCCCCUCAAACAUCGUGAAGGACUCGAAACAUGGCUCCGCGAAUGGCAUGCAGAGCACAGGAGCGUUUCACUCGGCAGCGAGGCCGCGUCCAAGGAUGCCUCCCAGCGAAUCACCGUUUCAGUGGACAUGCCGAAUGUGGAUAUGGUAUUUCACGCUGCUCUCUUACUGGCACCAGAGCUAGAGCAUCAGCCUGCAUUCCAGCCGCCUGUCCUUGCACUCGGCGAGCCUGUAGAGGCGACGCUCCGCCUCAUGCACUCGGCACAAUGGGGAACAAGAAUCCUCUUUCCGAAUACACCUCGAGUCAAGAUCCAAGGCGAUUCCGAGCCUGAAGAGACCUUCAUCUGUGCCGUUGGCGCCGAUGCGGACGGCUGGCUGAUAGGAGGCAAAAGAAGCUUUCACUUCAAGCCGGAAGACAACCACGAAGGCGUCAUUUUGCAGCUGACGCUCAUUCCAUUGAGAUUGGGCGUCUAUUCGCUUCCAUUGGUGGAGAUCCGCCCUAGCGUCCCAGCAGACAAGGACCGCAACAGCUCGAGUGAGCCCGAACCCAGUCUGACGUGUGAGACGUACUAUGAGAAUGCCGCGCAGGUGGUUCAUGUGGUUCACGAUAGGCGAGCCACGCAAAUUUGCAUUGCAGAUGCGCCGUCAGAGAUCACGGCGGCUCCUUCGUCUCGUCCGAGUACUGCUGUGGCGGGCUCGACCAAGGAGGUGGGAUGA